UGUAUUACCAAUGAGGAGGCGAGCGGCUCGGCACAAACUGGCUGCUUCUGGUUUCCACGCAUAAAUACAAAGCGGAGCCGGUGCGAGAGGCGACAUUGCACAAAAGGCGAGCAGCAAAGGCGAGAGCUUUUCGAGGUGUGAAGACGACGACACACUCAGUCAACAUUGCCGAGGGGCCUCGGACGGCAUGCAAAGUUGUGAAAUUUCCUCAGACGGCACUGAUGAUCCUCUUUGUAGCGGCCUGCGCAUUCACCGGCAGCCUCGAAUAGUCGUAAUUGGUGCUGGCUUGGCUGGCCUCGCUGCAACUAAUGUCCUGCUGAAGAGAGGCUUCACAGAUGUUACAGUCCUAGAGGCCUUAGACCACAUUGGAGGCAGAGUUCAGAGCAUUAAGCACGGUGAAGCAGCUUUGGAGCUAGGAGCCACCUGGAUCCACGGAGCCAAUGGGAACCCGGUGUACCACCUGGCUGAGGACAACGGGCUGCUGGAGCACACAGAUGGGGAGGCCAACGUAGGCCGUAUAAGCCAGUAUAGCAAGAAUGGGGUCGCCCACUACCAGACCGAUGCUGGCAAGAGGAUCCCUAAGGACCUGGUGGAGGAGUUCAGCGACCUCUAUAACGAGGUGUACGAGCUGACUCAGGAGUUCUUCCAAAAUGGGAAGCCAGUUGGUGCCGAGAGCCAGAACAGUGUUGGCAUCUUUACGCGAGAUGUGGUGCGCAAGCGGAUCAUGAAGGAUCCUGAUGAUUCUGAGAGCACGAAGAAGCUUAAAUUGUCUAUGCUUCAGCAGUACCUCAAGGUGGAGAGUUGUGAAAGCAGCUCCCCCAACAUGGAUGAGGUGUCUUUGAGUGAAUUUGGCGAGUGGACUGAGAUCCCGGGUGCACAUUACGUCAUACCUGGAGGUUUCAUGAAGAUCAUUGACAUCCUGGCCCAGGACAUCCCCACCGACACCAUCUGCCUUCGUAAACCAGUCCGCUGUAUCCAUUGGAACUACUCUGCCCAGAAUCACGACUUAAUUGCCAAGAACGACGACAAAAACCGGGACAGCAACCACAAUCAAAACAACCGCGAGCGGCGGGAUCCUCCGACUGCGGUGCACCCCAUUUGUGUGGAGUGCGAAGAUGAGGAGUGGAUCAAGGCCGACCAUGUGAUCGUGACGGUCUCUUUGGGCUGGCUGAAACACAAUCACGAGGCAAUGUUCUCACCCUCUUUGCCCGAGGACAAGGUGCUAGCCAUCGAGAAGCUGGGCAUAAGCACCACUGAUAAGAUCUUCUUAGAGUACGCAGAGCCCUUUUGGAGCCCUGAGUGUAACAGCUUUCAGUUUGUGUGGGAAGAAGAGGCCCAGCUGGAACAGCUGACCUACCCCGAGGAACUGUGGUACAAGAAGAUCAGCAGCUUCGACGUCCUCUACCCGCCUGAGCGCUAUGGCUACAUGCUGAGUGGCUGGAUAUGUGGCCAGGAGGCGCUCUACAUGGAGCGUUGUGAUGAUGAAACCGUAGCAGAGACAUGCACCGAGCUGCUCAGGCAAUUUACAGGUAACCCUGACAUUCCAAAGCCCCUGCGUAUCCUGCACUCAUCAUGGGGAAGUAACCCUUACUUUCGGGGCUCCUACUCCUACACCCGGGUAGGCUCCAGUGGGGGUGACAUUGAGAGGCUGGCCAUGCCCCUGCCUUACGCCAACCGCACCAAGGCCCCGCCUCUACAGGUCUUAUUUGCUGGGGAGGCCACCCACAGGAAGUACUAUUCCACUACCCAUGGUGCAUUGCUGUCAGGACAGCGAGAGGCCAAGCGUCUGGUGGAGCUGUACUAUGACUGGCACAGUGCUGACACCGCAAAGCCUAAAAAUAUGUAAUAAAAAACUUCUUACUAGGGGGAACUUAAACAUACCUAUGACAAUUUAUAUUGGGGGCAUUAUUUACUCUGGGUAAUGGUGUUUCUAUUGUACUGUAGAUUGAAAUCAUGCCACAUUUUAUUUCAGGUGAAAGGUUCAAAGGUUGCCAAUGGUGCUGUCAUUUCUUCUUGUCUUUAUCACGCUUUCAUGGUAUGAUGCUUUUUAAUGAAAGAAUCUAUAAUGUUAUGUCUUUUAACACAGCAUAAGUGAUUUAACUUAUUUUUAUGUAAGUGCCUUAUGUAUCUAAUGUUUUUUGUUAUUUUAAUAAUACAAAUGGAGAAGCUUUUAACAAAAUAAAAAGUUAUAUUGUCA